UGGAAAGCUGGAAAAGCCCUAGGGCCUCGUGGGAUCGAUUCUUUCGUUUGUCGAAAGAAGAGAGUUUGGGCAGAAGAACGCGAUCGAGCUCGUUUAAUCGAUCGAUCGAUUUGCUGGUUUUCUGCUGAAUAUAAUUUUCUAAUAUCUCAGCGAUAAUGAGUGCACCAAAAGUGCUGAACAAUAUUGCCCGGUUGUCUGUCGCUCUUGGUUUGGGAGGAAGUCUCCUCAAUGCAUCUUUGUAUACAGUCGAUGGAGGCGAGCAAGCUGUGCUCUUCGACAGAUUCAGGGGAGUGCUGGAAGAAACAGCUGGAGAAGGAACGCAUUUUUUGAUCCCAUGGCUGCAGAGGCCCUUCAUUUUCGAUAUUAGAACUCGACCCCGUGUGAUUACUUCAGUCACCGGUACCAAAGAUUUGCAGAUGGUGAAUUUGAGUCUCCGAGUGUUGUCCAAACCGGAUGUGGAGAAGCUUCCUUACAUUUUCAAGACUUUGGGGGUUGAUUACGACGAGAGAGUUCUUCCUUCGAUCGGGAACGAAGUUUUGAAGGCCGUUGUGGCGCAAUUCAAUGCCGAUCAGCUUCUCACAGAGAGACCAUACGUUUCUGCUUUGGUCCGGGAAGCUCUUGUGAAGAGGGCAAAAGACUUCAACCUGCUGUUGGAUGACGUAGCCAUUACCCAUCUCUCAUACGGAACCGAGUUCUCACGGGCCGUUGAACAAAAGCAAGUUGCUCAACAAGAGGCAGAGCGUUCAAAGUUCGUUGUGGCGAAAGCCGAACAGGAGAGGAGAGCCGCCAUCAUCAGAGCUGAAGGAGAAAGUGAAGCUGCAAAGCUUAUUUCCGACGCAACAUUAUCUGCUGGCUCUGGCAUCAUUGAACUCCGACGUAUUGAAGCAUCAAGGGAGAUUGCCGCAACCUUGUCCAAGAGUCGUAACGUCGUCUACUUGCCUUCAGGGAACAAUAUGCUAUUGGGACUCAACCCUUCAUUCACCAACAGCCAAUAGUCGCACUGAGCGCGGAUUCUGUCCUUGAGCUCUUCUACUUCAGCCCAGUGACUCAUUUUUGAUCAGCGUGGGAGGUUAGGAACAUGUAUGAUGCAUUCAAGGAAAUAAGCUCUAAUUAGCAUGCUUGUUGGCAUUCGCUAGAUCGUAGAAGGACUGCCAUUGUAGAGCUGGGCCAUAUGUGUAUUGGAAAUUAUUGAUCGCACACCGGGCUUCACGAUUUACUGCCAAUGUUCCCGAGGAAAGAGGACAAGGAAAUGUGUGCAGACUGGAGUUUCCUGUAAGUAAAUAGAUGCCGACCAUCUUCGUGCGGGAUAUUGUGGAUUCCAUUUGGGGAAUGAGUAAACAAUUAUAACAGGAUAUUUUGUCACGCCCUUCGUGCACGGAUUUUCGGAACUCGUUACUCGAUCGAGCUUCCUAUAAAUUUCUAGUUUGAAGGUUACACUGCUUGUGUUUCUUCAAACCAUUCGUGAGUGGAUUCGAAGGAUGGGCCACCUUGACCUGUACUGGAUUCCUCGUCUCCCAAUUGUUUUCUCUGGGAAUGGCUAAGUGAGGGCCGUCUUAGGCUCAGCUGUAAAACUUGAUGAUCAUUCAGCGCUAGCUCCUGUAUAAACCAAGAGAUCAUUGUACCGCACUGCAAUAUAUGUUACCUCCAUCUCAACACUCUAGGAGAUCAUGGUCCUCUUCGUUUACCUAGAGUCUACUCUCACAUUUUUCAUUGACUGUAAAUAGAGGAUUAGGCUGUCUACUUUCUUCACGGAGCUGGAUGGUUCUUGACAUGUAUAUGUUCCUAUUAGAAAGAAGAGCAAUGCAAGAAGGCUAUAUAGAGGAAUUGAGUUCUGAGGAAGGUUCUUUUUUAACACAGGUCCCGAUCAGGGGUUGACAAGGAAUUUGUCCUUACAAAGGGACACAACCCUCACAGUGGGUCUGAGUCUGACUCUAAUUGCACUAUUCCGCACAGAGUAGGGAGUAAAAGUGUGUUCCCGACACUCCCACUUGCUAACUACUUCUCUCUUUCUCAUUUCCAACUCAUAAACCCAAAUUCU